AUGGAUAGGGUACGAUGGAUCUAUCAGGUUACAAAUGCGAUUGCAUGGCUCAAACAACUUCGAAUAGCACACUGCAACCUCCGCCCUCCAAACAUUCUGCUUGAUGAUCGCAGCAAUGCUAAGCUGUGCAAUUUUGACAGUGUGUGUAAUUAUGGAGAGUACAUUCAAGGGGCAACUGAGCCAUAUUACAAGUGGCUAGACUCAGGCAGCUUUGGUGUUGCUGGUGCUGCAAGCAAGCAAUUUGUGAUUGGAAGCUGUGGCUAUUUCAUUUUCAUCAGCAAAGACCUAGUUCUAUGCGAAGCAAAGAGCGACCUUCAUGGAAUCUUGAUAUUUGGCAGUAUUAUUCAAAAAUGCUGGAAAAGCAGUUACCUAUCAAUCGCUGAUCUGAAGUGUGAAAUUGUCACCAGUGUUGAUAGCAGAGAUAUUAGUGACAGAUGCCUUAGUCAACUGUUGGUUGGGUGGGCAGAUGCACCUUUGGAAACGGCGCCCGAGGCCUCCAGAAACGGCAGCCCAUCUGCCAGCACGUCGUUAUUAAGAGUUACCAACAGUCUACCUUACCUCAACGACCUACAAUAUCGAGUACACUCCUUCUACUGCCUACUUUAUCUUAUGUUAAACACACGGAAAUGUUGGCAAUCGAUUUCUGCGGUCCUUCGGCGCCUCCUCUCUGCUUCUCAACGUCUUGCGCUGGACAAAUAUGGUAAAAGCGAGAACCUCUUCCGCCAGACCUCUGGACGAUGGCUAUGGAACGAGGCGCAUCAGAUGUCUCAGCAUACAAGAAGCUUUAACGAAUCGGCACUUAAAGAGGUGGCAGCCCGGGCCAUGGGUAUAAACCCCUCUAGUCACAGGAUCCGCAUAAAAAAGCUUGCUGAGGGUGCUUCCAAUAAGGUUUUUGUAGCUGCCGAGCAAGGUCGACGGUUGAUCAUUAAAAUGCCUGAUCCUCUUGUUCCCGAGCACUUUAUCACUGCUAGUGAAGUUGCUACAAUGGAAUAUAUGCGGAGCGAAAUAGGAAUCCCUGUACCCGAAGUCCUUGCAUGGAGUAUAUCUAGUGAUAAUCCUGUUGGUUGUGAAUAUAUCAUUAUGGAAGAGGUGCCUGGAAUUGCUCUGAACACCACGUGGCAUUCACUUGAUGUCGACCAAAAGUUUGCCAUUGUAGACCAAAUAUUGUCUCUUCAAACGCGUUUGCUUCAAGGCAGUAGCGGAUUCAGUGGAUAUGGCAGCUUAUAUUUUACAGAGGAUGCAAUUACGCUUGGAUUGUCCAAGCGGCAGCCGGUAAUGGCCAAGGUCCCUCCACGCUUUUGCUUGGGCCCUCUAGCAAAUAAUGACUUUUCGGACAAGAGACUGAAGAUGGCGGGAGUGGAUGGCGGCCCAUGGCAUCUGCCAAAAGAUUAUCUUACUGCUGUUGCCGAGUCCUUCAUUACGAAAGUCAAAACUUCACAACAUGAACUGGAACGUGGCCAUUUUUUGAAGGAACCCUUUUCCUUUGCGGUUAAUACUUGUAGCGACACCUCUCCAGCAGCAGCUAUUGAGUUGUUAAAACAGUACGAAGCAGCCGUACCAUAUCUCGUAUCAUGCUAUCAAGAGCCAGUCAACCUCUCUCGACCUGCGUUGUGGCAUCGAGACCUGCAUUCUGGCAAUAUUUUCGUCGCACCUUCUGGAAAAAUCACUGGCAUCAUUGAUUGGCAAGGCACAGUUGCCCUGCCCUUGUUUCUUCAGGCGAGAAUACCUCAGUUUUUGGCUGUCGAAUCCGGCUCUUUGCUCCUUGAAUUACCAGAUGGAUUUGAUUCUAUGACCGAGCCUGAGAAGAAAAGGAUAUGGAACAACUACCGGCAGUCAAUGUUACAACAGUACUAUUUAAGUUCUCUUCCAGAUGUUGCACCUGAAGUAUCUCAAAUCCUCGAAGGAGAUCCUUUUGCAUCCAUUCGACAACUUGUCACUAUCCUUGGAGGAGGAUCUUUCAGUCGAGAGACUGAUGUCCUUGUUCUCCGAGAACUCCUAAUACAUAUUCAACGAACCUGGCCCGAGAUGCACUCCAGGAUCAGCAGCCCUCCACCAUGCCCGAUAAGUAUUGGUCCAAAUGAGCUGAGGCAACAUAGAAUUGAUGGGCGACGAUGGAAUGAAUUUAAAGAUCUGUUACAACACUACAACAUACCAGUUGCUCGAGAAGGAUGGGUUCCAAAGGAAGAGUUUGAAAUGCAAAAGAGGCAGCUUAAGGUUGUGCUAAAAGAUAUACUAAACUCGCUUGAAGAUGAGAAAGAACGACAGGAAUUUCUAGAUAACAUCGGUCGCUGGGAUAUAACUGAUUGGAAAGGGCUUUGAAUAAGAAAUUGCCGGGAAUUCAGGGAUCGCGUGCUGAUUGAAGAGCAGUGCUUUACUAUGCUAAAGUCAACUUCCUUCAUUCGGCUUCUCAAGUUCCCAAAUCUAAGCAGAUACAUUCUUGAUCCAAUGCCUGCCUGACGGGUAACAAAGCCUCUGUCCUGCCGCUGCUUACAGAUACCCUCUUUCUUCAGCAGCUCUUUUGAACUUCUCUCUAAUAGCCUGUUGCCCUAAUUUUUCACUCUUGCUAACUGUCAACGAUAUCAUCUUCUUGUGACUUGCUGGUCCUCGGCCGUUUGCCUGAAUGUUGACAUCAAACUUGUCUUCGUCAUUACUAUGCUGUGGGCCAUGAUCGAGGCGGAGCUCGUGAAUUUCAUCGUUCUCCGGGGUUUGGGACCG